UUUUGUCACUCCCUUACAGUAGGAGUGUCUUUCAUAGGUGCAUAGGUGUGUGGUUUAAGGUCAGUUAUUAACCCAAAAUAAAAUAUGUCAUCAGUGAAGGUGGAGUGCCAUUGUUGAUUGAAACUGCUAACCAGGUGUAUUUAAAGGCUGGACUGUAGCCGUGUUCAUUGGUUAAGAGCAGAUUCUUUCUCCUGAGAGAUGCUCUACAGAGAUUAGUCUGUCAGCGUUUCCAUGCACUGGAACAUGUGAGCAAUGAAUACUCCAAUGAAAAGGCUGAUUAUUCCAACCUUCAUUUGUGUUUGUUCAUUCAUCUCCCACUGUUUGCCGGUCAUCGCUUGAAAGAAACUCUGAACAUGGAGCGGUUAGGACCAAGCACCUGUGAUGCUUCCUUUAGAGUUUUAGGUCCAGAUCUUGAUUUUGAGUCUGAUGAGGAUGAGGAUAUCCGCCAAGGAGAUAUGCAAAAACUCCUGACAACAAAACCUCAUGAUUACAAACGCUGUAAGUUGGUCAUAGAACGACAUGAUAAAGGACAUGCCAUUCCUUUUGAUGAGCCAACUCUGCCCAUUAGAAUCAAUGGCCGUGAUGAUCUCUGCAGAUCCUUCUCUGGGGAAACCGUGUGUGUGGAGAUAUUAAGUAGAGAGGGAGAUAUAAGAACUGGAAAGGUGGUAGGAGUAAUGGAGAGAAAGUCUUUCCCCUUCUUCAUCUGCAAGAUGGUCGAGGGUGAUCCAAGCUUGAUGACCCCAAUCAGAAAACCUAUGAUGACGAGGAUAUAUAUACCACAGUUAAAAAGACCCAACACUGUAAAGAACAGAGGACAGGUUCAAACGAAGCUUGUUGACACAAAUCCAAAUGAUCUCUUUCUUGUGAAAGUUCUGAAAUGGAAAAGUAAAUGUUUUUAUCCACUUGGAGUAGUUACCAAAGUCUUACCACCAGAGAGCGAGGAGCUGAAUAAUGCACUGGACAUUGAGUAUGGCCUUGGAGGCAAGCCUCCAUCCUUAAAACCAAGGCACACCAAAUCUGACACCACUGAGAGGAAGGAUUUCUGUGAUUGCCUUACCUUCACCAUAGACUCCCCUGGAGCUGAGGACCUGGAUGAUGCCAUUAGUGUGACUGACCUGGGAGAAACCUUUCAGAUUGCAGUUCACAUAACAGAUGUGGCCAGCUGUGUUCCAAAGGGCAGUGAAGCUGAUAAAUUUGCAAGAGAUCGAGGAGAGACAUUUUAUGGAGAAGAUAAAACAUCUCACAUGUUUGACAGAGAUCUUAGCUUUAAUCACUUAAGUUUGCUUCAGGGAAAGAAACGGAAUGCCAUUUCCCUGCUGGUGUCUGUAAGUAAGCAAACACAUGAAAUAGUCUCAAGUGAUUUUGCUCUGUCUAGGAUACAAUCAGGUUAUCAGCUUUCAUACCAAGAUGCAGAAAAAUACAUCCAGAACCACCUUUCCAGGGCACCUGAGCCUCUUCAAUUCUCAUCUGUUGAGCACUGUGUGGUUGUAGCUUAUCGCUUUUCUGAGAUGCACAGAGUGUCAAGGCUUGCUGGAGGAGUGAGUCGAGUACAAUGUGACAGAGACAGAUCACACUGUAUGGUGGAGGAACUGAUGAACAUGUACAACAGCGAGGUUGCUAACUAUCUCACCUCUUCUCCACUGACUCGAGACCUCACCCCACUGAGGUGCCACAGUCCACCUGACCCUGAGCCUCUACUCAUCUUUAGUAAGAAAUAUCAGACUUUAAUACCCCUCUCUCCUUUCCUGUCUCAACUCAUUGUUACAGAGGAGUCGGACCAUGAGUUGAAUAUAGGCAAUCUGGAAGGAUCAGAAGAUAGCAGGGACGAUGAGGAGGAGGACUCUGGAGAAGGUGAAAGUAAAGAGGUGGAGAGUGUUGAGAGUGACCACCAGGAAGAGAAUGAUGAGAACAGUCAUAGUUAUGAAAGUGACCAAGAGGAAUUGGAUAAUACUAACAUUGCAAACUUUGACACCAACAACCAACCAUUGCUUCCACAGGAGUUUGAGGUCUUUAAUGGUGUUGUAAAGAAACUGGAAGAAGCAAUAAGGAACAGAGACCAAUUCACUCUACUGAAACUUAUGGCCUCUGAUCAUAUCCACCCAACUCUGAUCUCUGUGGAGAGAGAAUUCAGAGAACUGCUUAGCCAGGCUGAGAUUCUGCGAUCUUGUUCCACUCUGAAGUCUAGAAUGGGCCACUUUGACCUGCAACUAGAUUCCUACACCAGGGCCUCUGCCCCCAUGAGGCGAUAUGUUGACAUCAUCCUGCAGAGGCUUUUGCACUGUGUUCUUUGUGGAGAGAUUCGAGAUACGGGCUAUACACAGGCUGAGAUUGACCAGUUCUGUGCUCUACAUGAUUUUGACCAGGCUUCAGACUACACCCAACAUGUGAAAAUGCUAACUCAACUAAACAAACAGUGUGCUGUACAUAUGGCUUUUGUCCAUACACUGCACAAAGGUGGCCAUAAUUUCUGGUUCUCUUUUCCUCUUACUUCAACAUUAGGGGAUCUGUCCAUCCUGUACAGACAUUUAAAAGUAGUGGAUCAGCCAGAGUACAACAAGGAGCAAAAUACCAUGACACUACACUGGAAGAGAAGAGUGUACUCCUUCACAAAUACAGGAAAGAAUCCAGUCAAGACACUGGGCAGCAAAUACACCACUUGCACUGCUGUGGAUACCUGGCAAAAGAUGAUGAGUGCUGUGCAAAAUCAGAAUUGGGAUGAAGCUGAACAAUGUCUGGACACCAUAAGGGCAGAUUCAAAGGCUGGUGAAAAUGAGAGAAUGAAUGCUGAAACAGAUGAACACCACUUCAAAAAGCUCUCUCUGGAACUCAGGUUGGGGAAGGUCUUUCCAGUACAAAUUGGAAUGGGCCCAGGUCGAACUCCUGAAGUACACCUGAUAAACCUCAGCCCAGAGUUUGAGGUCUGUUUGGAGCACUCAAAAAGACCCACCACAUGCUUCUCAAAAUUGGCGCUUUAUCCAUCAAAGUCAGUAUAUGAAGACUACAAGGAGUACCAGAAGAUAUGGACACCUCUUUGCAAAAUGGAUACUGCUCACAAUGCCUUAGAGGAGAACAACAGUGUCAUACUGGAGGGUGUGGAAUUAACAUGGACAUCAGCGGAACAGAAUGACUUGAAGGGGUAUUUUUGUAUCUCGGAGACCCAGAAAAAACUGUGGGCCAUAGAGUUUGAUCUUACAGCCUGUUUCCUGUGCAUCCGACUCCGGAACCAAGAUGCAGAGGCAGAUCGUGAAGGGGGCAAGAGUGAGCAAUUUGUGGAAUUUUCUCUGCAAGAUCCACUGCCUUUCACAUGGGUAGCUCACGGUGUGGCCUCUAGACCAAAAAAGAAGAAAAAGAAAGAGAAAGAUGAUCCAAAGCCAACUCAUGUCCAAGUAAAUUUUUACAUCAAUCAUCACUCUAUGAAUUAUACCCCACCACAGGUCUUUCACAAAAAUACAAAAUUCACAGUGGAGGUUAUUCCCAAAAAAAUCCCUUAUGUACUUCAAGAAAAUGCCAUUGCCAACUUGAAAUGUGCCAAUCAUCUGGUACAAAGUAUUGCUGUUGGUGAUUCAUUAAUCCACUCCAGUAACAUCAUACAAGUGGCAGCUAAAAGUAGCAUGGCACUUGCUGCCGAAGGUCAAAAACUGGGCUUGCCCUCUCUGAACCCCAGUCAAAUGAAUGCAGUAAAGGAGGCUCUGCAGAGACCAUUCACACUUAUCCAAGGCCCUCCAGGGACUGGAAAAACAGUGGUUGGAGUCCACAUUGUUCAUCAAUUUUUCCAGAGGAACCAACAAGAUGACAUGUUUACAUCAAAUUCUGAGACAGACUCAAACACUGAUAGUCCACCGAAGAAGAGAGCUAUCCUAUACUGUGGGCCCUCCAACAAGUCGGUGGACAUUGUAGCUGAGCAGCUUCUGAAGCUACACAAAAAGGGGGUUCUGAAACCUAUGCGGGUACACAGUGAGCAGAUGGAGAUGCUGGAGUUUCCGUACCCUGGCAGUGAACUGAAGCUGUGCAAGAAAUCACAUCGGGAAGAGAAGCCCAAAGGGGAACUCAGGUCAAUCUCUCUGAUGUAUGAGAUAAGAAACUCCAAAUCAAAUCCAUUUUCAGAAAAGAUCAACAGAUUUGAGGAGAGCAUUAAAGAUGGAUCGUUCACCGAAGAUGAAAUUCAGGGAUAUAAAGACGUCCUGAGAGAGGCUAAGCUGCAUGAGUUGCGUAACCAGGAUGUCAUCUUAUGCACAUGUGCAGCUGCCUUAAACCCAAACUUCAUUAAGGUCAUGGAUUUCCGACAGAUUCUCAUUGACGAGUGUGCCAUGGCAACAGAGCCGGAGGCCUUCAUUCCACUGGUUUCUCAUAAUCCCAAACAGCACGAGGGCAUCUGUACAUUUCCGUCAGCUAUGUUUUAUGAGGGUCGUUUGAAGACUGCAGCAAAAAGACAAGUCUGCUACCUGAUGACCAAAGAGAAGAAAGCAACUCCCAUCCUGUUUGGCCAUGUUGAUGCAACAGAGGAUAGUCUGGUUGUCUCGACAACCACUGGGAAUGAAAACUCAAAAGCUAACCCAGAGGAAGCUGCACAAGCGGUCCGGAUUGCUGGACUCCUGAUAAAAAACUCAAAGAUUUCACCAGACAGUAUUGCUAUUCUAACACCAUACAAUGCACAGGUGUCUGAAAUCACUACACAUCUGAAAAGUUCUCUCAUUGAAAAUGUGACUGUAUGUACCAUCAUGAAGAGCCAAGGGAGCGAGUGGCCGUAUGUCAUCCUCUCUACUGUGCGCUCCUGUGAGCCUUCAGUUCUGAAGACUCGUCCCAUACACAGUAAAUCCUGGGAGGGGAAGCACAUGGGCUUCAUCACAGACCCCAACCAGGUGAACGUGGCCAUCACGCGGGCCCAGGACGGCCUAUGCAUUCUAGGUAACAGUCACCUUCUACGCUGCAAUAAGCUCUGGGAUUGCCUUCUGACACAUUACCAAAAGCAAGGCUGUGUGGUGGAUCCAGCAAAAGACAUACAGAUAAGGAGCACCAAAGGGACCAGUGCAUUGGAUUGAUUGCUUGAUUGAUUGAUUCAUUUUCAGUUUGUGUAAAUAGAAUUAUUCAGUGUUGUUUUCAAAUGAUAACCUUUACUCCAAACAAAUAAAUAAAUAUGUAACAUAA